CCACGUCUUACACUCCGUACUUACAAAUCCAGCGAUCAUGACCAAGUAGAUCAUCUAUUCUACAGUACCUAUUUUGCUUUAGUGCCAGAAGGUGUCAAAAGCAAAAUCAAAAGCUUUACAUUUUGGGUGCUGUGGUUCAUGUUCUACAGUUAUCUAUUAUCGCUUAUUCCAGUGGUUUUAGCUGGCAUGAAUUGGCCACAGUGGGCUAGCACCGUGUUGAAUAUAUUUAUUUCUUUUGCUUGGUUUGUGGUGUCGUUUGCUGGAGUCUUUAUUUAUACAGACAGAUUUGAAGUAGUUGAUAAAGUAGAGAAGGCGCGUCAGAAUGACCUUAGCGAUCCCGAAAUUUAUUAUCUGAACUGGACAAAAGAAGAAGUUGUCUGCCAAGACGAUGAUGGCGAUUAUGAAGAUAACAAGGAUAGCAGCAAUAAUGAUAGGAAGAAACGAGUUACGUUUGAUAAAGAUGCUAAACCAGCCACGGAAGUUGUUCGUGUACAGAAACCGAUUGAUCAGCAAGCGCCUUCUCAUUUUUGGGUUUUAUGUCUGGACAAUCGACCUUGCGGUAUCGUCGGUUUGGCUCAUUAUAAGCAACGUGUUUAUUCCAACAGUCCAGUACAACCAGCUGCUUGGAAGCUUAUGCUCGCAGCUUUUUUUGAACGCUAUCACAUACCUACACCAGCUUUCUUGUCGAACAUUCACAACAGUAUGCCC